AUGUGGUCAGGCCUUCCGAAACUCGUCUUUGUCACUGUGCUUGUCGCAAAUUGUGUGUUGUGGUCGCAAAGUCGGUAUGGCGGAGUUCACCCAGCGCCAUCUGCCGUGGGCAGGCUGUCAAAGCGGGAUUUGAGCCGUCGGGAUUACAGAGAUGCCAGUGGUCUUUCUCUAGCAGAGUCUGUGGAGGAGUUCACUAGGUCGGACUGGGGCCAUAUGGACUAUACGAAUACUACGUACGCGAAUGCAGAGGAAGAGUCAUGCCACCCCAUCUCAGUCCCCAUAGAGCAGCAAUGUGCGCACGUCCUCGAGUUCUGCUCGGGCACCCGCACAUUUCUCUCCAUCCCAUACCUUGAGCCGUAUUUCUGCGCAAAGCCGCCGGUGCGGCCCUUGGUCUUCGUCGGCUACCUGCUAUGGCUCGUCUUUCUCUUCUCAACGCUCGGCAUCAGCGCGUCCGACUUCUUCUGUCCCAAUCUGGGAACUCUCGCGCAGCUGCUUGGGAUGGACGAUAACCUGGCAGGGGUGACACUCCUCGCAUUCGGGAACGGCAGCCCCGAUGUGUUUGCGACGUUCUCAGCCAUGCGUGCGAACUCGGGCGGGCUGGCGAUCGGGGAACUCCUCGGCGCUGCGUCGUUCAUCGUAUCGUGCGUGGUUGGUUCUAUGUGCAUCAUCAAGCCAUUCCACGUGAACCGUCUGCCGUUUAUCCGCGAUGUCGGAUUUUUUACAGUUGCGGUAGUUCUGCUGCUGGCCGUGCUGUGGGACAGCAAGCUCGAGGCAUGGGAGGCCAUAGCGCUGGUCGCGCUCUACUUCGUCUAUGUCCUCAUCGUCGUGGUCGGGACAUGGUGGGAGAACCGGCUGGAGAAGAAGAGGCGUUACGAAGUGCUGGUGCGCGACGAGUUCCGGGAGGAAGAGGUGCCGGUCGUAGCGUACCACGACGAGGAACCUUUUAGGGAUUCUCCUCACCUGGAGCCCGAAUCUUCGUCCACCUUGCAGCUCCCAUCUCUGCCUCGGACGCGGGCAUUAUCGAGCCCAACGCCUUCACGCCUUGGGGUGCACACGGCACUGCCAAUACGCUCACGCACGCGAACACCGUCACCGCAAUCCUCGCCGUAUAUCAGCCAUAUGCCUUCAUUCUCUCUCGUUGGUGCACUGGAGUUCCGACGGAUUGUAUCCUCUCUGCAGCAGGAGGCAGCGGGCUCGUCGCUAAGUGUGUUUGAGAGCCCGAUCUCUCCGUAUCCUGGUGGACACUACCACCGCCAUUCGUAUUCGCAUUCACAUUCGCGUUCACGCCCACGUACGCCACUUUCCGAGGAGCACGAGCCAUGGGACUCGACGCCUGGAGUACCUCUCAAUGACCGCUCACCGACCGUUGUGUCACCGGCCCUCGCGGAAGAGUCACACGACGACACUGCACUGGACCGUCCCCCGAUUCCCGUUAUCUCACAUACCCCUGCGUCACCCAUAUCCGAUACCGAUACCGAGUCGCAGCAGUACGUUGCGCCGACGCGCCGUGAGCGCAUCGCGAGUGUGCUUCGGCGUGCAUUCCAUAUUGUCUUCCCAACGCUGCACAACUUCAUGUCAAAACAUUUCCUAGGCAAGGUAACCGCGGUGCUAGCAGCACCAGCUGUGAUGGUGCUGACGCUGACGCUCCCGGUCAUCGUUACCGCGUACGAGGACGCUAGCUCGUCGAAGGAGAAGAUAAUGGGCAACGAAAAUCGUCUAGUUGACUUCGAGGAGGAGGGUGUGGAGCGGGCCCUCAUUGCCGAGGAGGAAGUUUCCGAAGAGAUGCGCGAGCUGCAAUUCAAUAAAUACCUGAUGGCUGUGCAAUGUGUCCUCGGCCCGCUCUUUUGUGUCUCGAUAUUAUUCGAUGGCGUCCAACAUGAACUCUGGUUAUUACUGGCUACAGGCGUAGCAGGCGUUGCCAUAGGCUUCAUGGUCGCUGUUUUUGCAGACAAGGGCGCACAUCCAACGGCGCAGAUGGCGCGCUGUCUCAUGGGCUUCAUUAUCUCGGUUGUCUGGAUCAUGGCUAUCGCAGACGAGGUCGUUGAAGUUCUGCAGGCUUUCGGGUUCAUCUUUGGUUUAUCGGAUGCAAUCAUUGGGCUCACGAUCUUCGCGGUUGGCAAUUCCCUCGCUGACCUUGUCGCAAACAUGAGUGUGGCAGUGUUCGCACCUAUCAUGGGCUUUUCAGCCUGUUUCGGCGGGCCGAUGCUCAACAUCCUCCUCGGUGUCGGAAUUUCUGGCUCGUACAUCAUACGACAGACCGCAGAACCUUACAAAUUGCAUUUCUCUACUACACUCGUGAUCACUGGUGCCGGGCUGCUCGGUAUCCUCCUCGCAACUAUGAUCUUCGUGCCGUGGAAUGGCUACUUCUUACCCAGGAGCUGGGGUGUCGCACUCAUCACUGCUUACAUGUGUCUUAUGAUCGCAAAUGUUAUCGUUGAAGUCAAGGGUUGA